UCAUAGCUUUCACCUGGAUUCACCUGGUCAGUCUUUGUCAUGGAAAGAACCGGUGUUCAUAAUGUUUUGUUUACUCGGUGUAUAAACACAACAUAGGUAUUUAUGUAAAAUGGUUGGACACCUGGGAUGGGUGGGCGGAGUUCCUCAGAGGCUGCUUCCUGGGACACAGACUGACCGUCCAACGACACCUGUCUAGGGAGAGACCUGUGAUGAGGUUCCAGCUCCGGGUGGCACUCUACAUCGCUGCUUCUCUGGGCCACCUGGACCUGGCCGGCUGGCUGCUGGAGAGGGGGGUGCGUGUCAUUGAGCCGGUGGGGGUUCACCCUUACCGUGAGUGGUGCCACCAGACGGCCCACCCCGACGUCGCCAAGUGUCCCGCUGUCGCCUCCAUCGAGCGCGGCCAGCUCACCAUCCUCAAACUCUUUAUCGCCAGCAGCGUUCUGACCCUUGCCUGUCGGGAUCCCCAGGGUUGUGACCCCCUGAGGAUCGCCCUUCAGUACGGCCACAGGGAGUGUGUGAGUCACCUGGCCACCAAGCUGUGCUCUGUGGUGGUUCUCCCAGGUAUGGCCCUGCCCAUGCGGACAUACCUCCAGAUAAAGGGCUGGGUGAGGCUGGGGCAGAGGAGGGCAUCAUCCAGGCACUGCAUCAGCCCCAACAGGGCUCCGUUCAGGACCAGGGUGGGCGACACGGUCCUGGUGGACGGCUUCACCCUCCCCAAGAUGUCCUCCAAGCCCAGGAGGAGUGAGGCCAAGGCCGGUAUCAGGGUGAUGUCCACAGCCUCUCGACGUUUUACCCCCAUCAACUGCCCAUCUCAUGUAUCCUGCCCGCUCCGCUCCCUGGCAUCCCAGGAUAAACCUCUUCAACUACCGAAGCUACACCCUGUGGCCACGAGGGAUGAAAGAGAGAAGAGGGAAUGUGGAGGGAAGGGAUGUGAGGAGGAUGAGAGUGGGGAUCAGAACAGCAACCAAUGGAGGAGCAACCAAUGGAGGAGCAGAGUCCCGCUCCCGCCCAUUUCCAGAGACACCAAUCUCAGACCUGUGUUUGCCUCGCCAAACUCCGCCCAGAUACUCACCACCUCACUAGAGGCCUUUUCUCUCUCCACUGCGACCGCACACCCAGAGAAAACGCCAUAUACUGUUUGGUCUUGGCCAGGUUAGUCCAAGUUUAAAUGACAGCUACGGUGAAUAUGAAUAUUUCUCUGGAGGUUUCUUAUGGAAGGUGUGAAUACUGUCAGAAGAAGCCUCCUAUAAUCAGUGGUGGUGGGAACACAUGUAAAAGCUGUUUACACACUUUUAUUUUAUUUGGUUCAAGCAUUUACCCACUUUUUGUGGAAGAUGCAUUGAAAGUAGAGGGAGCGUUACUUCUUUAAUCCUGAACGGCAAUCAGCAUUUACCAGUCAAUGGUUUUACCACUUCAUCACUGCCUAUGAUAUACCCUUAUCCUCCCUGAAUAGAUUUCAGUACAAACAAAUCAUGAGCCAACCAUCAUGCUUAGAAGGUACAUAGUCAAAUCAACUCAAACUUUAAAUUUGUCACAUGCGCUGAAUACAACAAGUGUAGAUCUUUCCGUGAAAUGUUUACUUUACAAGCCCUUAACAAACAGAGCAGUUCAAGAAGAGUUAAGAGAAUAUUUACCCAAUAAACUAAAGUAACAAAUAAUAAAACAGUUGAAAUUGUCCGGUGGCCAUUUGAUUAAUUGUUCAGCAGUCUUAUGACUUGGGGUUAGAAGCUGUUAUUGGUUUACCCUAACAAGUCCUGAAACAAAUCAUCAGCCAACUUAGAAGGUAUAUAGUGUCUUAUUGGUUCACCCUAACAAGUUGUUUCAGUAUGGGGAGAGGAUAGGAUGUAAGGGCGCUUCAUUAAUGUAUUGAGGCCAUUACAUAUACAGUAUUUCACAAUGCUAGGACACAGAUUUGGUCUCCUAACCUUGUUCUGGUUGAUUGACUCUCUAACAGUGCCUUCACACAGAGACCAUGGUUGCAGCAGCUGAAUGUAGCGCGGACUCUGGCCAGGAGGAGUGCUCAGCACAUUGGGUAGACACCAGGAUCCUGGUCAUUAGGCAGAUUAAACAUACUGAAACAAGGAGGGACAACCUAGAAUUGUCCAAAAAGGAACUCUUAUUUGAGUUUUUAAUUUUUACAGUGAACAAGAUGAGACUUUGGAACGGAUGAUGCCUGAAACAAUGCGGACGACUUAGAAUUUCGUUCCUUUGGAUGAGGCUUAUAGAUAUAGUCAGUACUGUGUUUGAUUUGUGUGCAGAAAGUUUACAAAGGCAGGCAGUGGAUUCUCAGUCAUUCCUAUUCUCAAGUAACAAAAAACGUAUCAUAUUUCACUGGCUAUUUGUAGUAGCCAAAUGUGAAUGGAAUUAUUAUUAUUCUAGAAUCAUUCAGUUGACUGAAUGUGACUAUGUGGUUGUGCUGUAUGUGAUUGUACUGAAUGUGGUUGUACUGUAAGUGUUUGACAUGGGUCUAAUUGAGGCUCCAACCCCCCCACCCCCCUUAAUCCUGCUGCCUUAAAACUCUUUUAUUAAGAUGUGGAUCAUUAUUGCUCAUAUGAGUCUGUGCAGUGUCAAAAUAAUACAUACUGUAUUUCACAGAGUAUUUGACAAACUCUUUAUUUACGUUACAAAACUGACAACUACUGUGACGAUGUGUUAGCACAGCAUGUGUCAUCAUUCCCCUGCAGUGUGUGGAUUUACACAGCAAUAUAGCAGGCUGCUUAAAUAGUUUAUUAAACCUUUAUUUCACAAGACAAGUCAGUUCAGAACAACCUUCUCAACCUUCUUGACAGGUAAGAAACACUUGGUUAGUGUAUGUGUCUUAUCCAAUGGGUUGUCAGGUGAACAUUGAAGAUGCUUCUUGGAGGUGAUAUAAUGAUGUCAUUGAGUUGCUUACUGGACAAGACAAUUAUUCACUGAAAAUGAAAUCUGUCUUUCAUUUCACUUAUGUUGAUACUUGAUUGGCUAUUUGCUGUCUUUUGAAAAUACAAAAAUAAAUAUAACUGUUUUAUGAA